GCCUCAGCAUCCCGCUUGUUCCCACCAGCUGGAUCCAGGUGGGGCGGAGGCAGAGGAACCCGCUGGGAAUGAAGGGAACAAGGGACUAUCCUGGAUUUUUGGGCGCGGAAAGGAGCAGGCGCACAGGUUACAACCUUGAGAUGAAGCCAGAGGCACGUGUUGCCUGCCAGGUGACAAUGGCGGUGCUGUUCGUAGCUCUGCUCAUCACAGCCAUCACCUUUGCAGUGCAGGCUUUUCAGCCGCGGCCGAGACCCUGCUCUCGGUGUCCAUUCGACUGGAUCGGGUACAGAGGGAAAUGCUACUAUUUUUUGGAGGUUCAGCAGAACUGGACAUCCAGCCAGGACAACUGCUCGGCACUCGGUGCUUCCUUGGCCAUGCUCGACAGCUUGGAAGACUUGAGCUUCGUGAUGAGAUAUAAAGGCAUCUCGGAGCACUGGAUCGGCCUUUCUCGGGAAGACAAGGAGCAACCGUGGAAAUGGGUGAACCGCUCGCGUUUAUCUCACCCGUUUCAGGUCCGUGGUGGUGGUCUCUGUGCCUACCUGAACGACAGCGGGCUCAGCUCCUCCCGCUGCGGCGCCCGGAGGAGCUGGGUUUGCAACGCGCCUGAGCUGCAGAGCCCAGGCAGGAGCCACCAGACGAGACGGGCUCCAAACCUUUGCAUCAGCUCCUGAGGGGCUGCAGGGAGCGCUCCCCAAACCCACACACCACAGGGAAACCAAAGAAAACCAGAGAAGAACGGUUUGGGCUUCUUCGAGGAAAAGAACAAAUUAAAAAAAAAAUGGGUUUGGGUCUUUCCAUGUGCCUUGAACCCACAGGAUUCACCCCUGCGGCAUCCACCAGAUGGAGGUGGCAUAAAAACACUGCGUGAGAGAUUUCCCAGGAAACCUCCAAAAAUCCGUGGGUGAACAAGCAAAACUGUGCCCUUUUUUUUUUUUUUAAAUGUGCAAUUUUUAAAAAAAUUUUUUAAAUUUUUAAAAAAUUUGCAAUUCCUAAUUUCUGUGUCGUUGCACCAGGUGCUGUGAAUUAAUGGUGGCAAUUAGCAUAUUAUAUAUAUUAAAA